AUGCAGGCUGGUGGAGAAGGCUCACUUAUCGCAAAUCAAUGUGCAAGAGCGUGUGAUUUCAAGUGUUUGACGACGUCGCAUAAGAAACUAUGUUUGUUCUUUUGCAAUAUGUGUUGUCGGAAAUAUUUGUGUAAUCCGUUAGGGACUUUUGGGAACAAAGAAGAGUGCCCGUGCUUCAACAAUUGGAAAACCCUAAAAGAUGACCCUAAGUUCCCUUAA